AUGGUGGAGGACGUACAGAUCCCGAAGCCUUUGCUGGCAGCAAAGUUCAGCUCCCCAGUGGAAAUGGCGACAUGGGAGAAAUCUCUUCCCAAAAAUGAACGUGUGCCAUAUGAGUUUAUUACCCCCCAGAGACAAAAAGAAGAUGGGGGUCUCAGUCGCUGUGCGAGUCUUCAGUAUACCCAGCUCCAAAGGCCUGCAACUGCUCGACGACCGCGCACUAACCCUCCGGAGCUCACUCAAUGGGAGCGUCUCACCAAAGCUCAAAGCUGGACCCCGACCAAUUCUGAAAAAGAGAAGGAAGCCCUCGCAUGGGCGGAAAAAGCACCGAUCACACCAAUCACUCCUCUGGCAGAAACAACCAUGACCAGUCCUGUCCCCUUGAGUAGCCCAACGUUGAACGAAACUCAGCAUGCGAUGCACGACGUUUACGAAAAAGCAAAACUCCGAGGCGCUGCGCUUCAGCGAAAGAAAUGGGUUCGCGUCUCGUUCGAAAUCAGCGCCUAUACGCUUUUAAUCCUGAUUAUUUACUUCGUUCUGGUCGGUAUACCUCUAUGGAAGGGGGCCGUUUGGUGGUUAUAUUGGGUCGUCAGCCACGAGUUCGUGAUCCAAGGUGGCUGGGCGAUCCUCAUUGGCUUAGCCUUCUUGUAUGAGCACCCUGGUCUACCCGCGAAGAAAUCAAUGUGCGAUGUGCUAACUUCUCUCUACAGAUAUGCAUUCUGCCCUCUUCUGAUUCUCUUCGAAAAAGAUCCCCCGCCCGCAGAUACAAUUGGCAAUGACAUUGACGUCGAGCAGAAUCUCUCCAAAGCGAAAACUACAGCCUUGAUUAUCCCAUGUUAUAAGUCGGCCCAGAUCAUCGGUCCGACCUUGGAAGCCGCUUUGAAGAUCUUCCCAGCAGAGAACAUCUUUGUCAUCGCCAAUGGCAACUCAGAAACACCUUUGGAUAACACCGAAGAGGUCUGUCGUCCGUUCGGAGUCAACCAUUUGUGGGUGCCGAUCGGUUCUAAGAUCGUCGCCCAGUUUGCGGGGUCAUAUGCUGCCGAUGGCUUCGAGAAUGUGCUGCUGAUUGACGAUGACUGCGCAUUGCCUGCCAACUUCCCUAUUGUCAGCGACCGCCUGAAGGGCAAAGUCAAGUGCAUUGGAUACACCAUCAAGAGUGUUGGUCCGAAUUCUACCCCUGGCACUUGGUGUCAGCAAGCGCAAGAUAUGGAGUAUAAAAUGUCCGGGAUUCAAAGAACAUUCUUUGGAAUGCUCGGGAGUGCUACCUUCCCCCACGGUGCCAUCUCUCUAUGGAAAACGGAGUUUCUCAAGGCUACCUUUAAUGAGCAUCCUGGGUACUCUGUCUCAGAAGACUGGUUCUUCGGAGAUGCGUGUCGGCGUCUCGGCGGACGCAUUACCAUGUGCUCUUCUGUUUUUGUGGAAACCAAGACCCCAUCAUCGGUGUUCUUCAGCGGGAGCGGCCGUCGAGGUGGCUUUGGCGAAAUGACUGUUUUCAAGCAAAGAUUCAAGCGAUGGAACUUUUUCUUCGUGAUUGGUAUGUAUUAUGAUAUGAAAUACAUUUUAUCAAGCUGGAAGCUCCACGGGUGGGAGUUUGGUGCUAAGCUGGCUGUGUGGCAAGAGGUUUAUGAAACUCUAAUUUACCUCCUCGCGCCAUUCAUGCUUCCUAUCUCCUUCAUUGUUAGACCAGGGUUCAGCGGCAUUCUCCUCGGCGCGACCAUUGGAAUGUACGUCAUCAACGUAUUCAUAUUCAACGAGAUCCAUCUCCGACGAAAAAAAGAGCGCGUCAGCUGGGUGGUCCUCUUGUUCUACUACACCGGCUAUAAAUUCGCUUUAACGGCUAUCAACGUCUUCAGCUGCUACUGGUCGCUCUAUAAAUACGGCCGAUAUUUCUCCAAGCGGCACCUGAAGGUUGUUGAAGACCGACAGGCCAUCGAGGUGGUCAUGAGUCUUGAGAAAGAAACUGGAUCCGCCUCGACUAGCGAAGUUCAGCUCGCUAUUCCGGAGAACAUCACCAUACCCGAGGAAGCACCACUAUCAGUGGAGCCACCACUGCCUGGCCCUUCGGUGACCCGGAAGAAGUCAUAUAAGAAGGUGACCCUCACAAAAGUCGAGGGCCCAAGUCUCCUCAGUGCUGACUCGCCGGAAUCUGAUAAUGAAAGCCUGUACAUACCGAGCAGGCCGGCGAGUUUUCAUUCACAGUCAUCUGCCCUGUCUAUCAGUUCAUGGCUCUAA